ACGGAGCGCGCGGGGAGGGGGCCGCGGGGAGUCGCCCCGUCCCGCCGCUUCCCCACCCCCUCUCCUCCCUUGGCCAGCCCGGCUGCCGCGCUCCCCGCCUUGGCCUCCCGGAGAGGCCCCGCCCCGUCCCCGCCCGCCGCGCCCUCCCCGCCGGCGCGCUCCUCCCCUUUACUCCUGGCUGCGGGGCGAGCCGGGCGUCUGCUGCAGCGGCCGCGGUGGCGGAGGAGGCCCGAGAGGACUAGGUGGCAGCGGCGGCGGCGGGACCAGCAGCAGCAGCAGUAGCCACGAACCUCCGGCCCUGCGGCGCUGCCGCACUAGCCCCACGAGCCACUCACCCCGCCGCUCUCCGCUCUGCCGGACCCCGCUGGCGCGCCCUCCCGCCGCCAGUCCCGGCAGCGCCCUCAGUUGUCCUCCGACUCGCCCUCGGCCUUCCGCGCCAGCCGCAACCACAGCCGCAACGCCACCCGCAGCCACAGCCCCAGCCCCAGGCAUAGCCAUCGGCACAGCCCGGGCUCCGGGUCCUGCUGCAGCUCCUCCGGGCACCGUCCCUGCACCGACAUCCUGGAGGUUGGGAUGCUCUUGUCCAAAAUCAACUCGCUUGCCCACCUGCGCGCCGCGCCCUGCAACGACCUGCACGCCACCAAGCUGGCGCCCGGCAAGGAAAAGGAGCCCCUGGAGUCGCAGUACCAGGUGGGCCCGCUACUGGGCAGCGGCGGCUUCGGCUCGGUCUACUCAGGCACCCGCGUGUCCGACAACUUGCCGGUGGCCAUCAAACACGUGGAGAAGGACCGGAUCUCCGACUGGGGAGAGCUGCCCAAUGGCACCCGAGUGCCCAUGGAAGUCGUCCUGCUGAAGAAGGUGAGCUCCGGCUUCUCCGGCGUCAUUAGGCUCCUGGACUGGUUCGAGAGGCCCGACAGUUUCGUCCUGAUCCUGGAGAGGCCCGAGCCGGUGCAAGACCUCUUCGACUUUAUCACGGAAAGAGGGGCUCUGCAGGAGGAGUUGGCUCGCAGCUUCUUCUGGCAGGUGCUGGAGGCCGUGCGGCACUGCCACAACUGCGGGGUGCUCCACCGCGACAUCAAGGACGAAAACAUCCUCAUCGACCUCAAUCGCGGCGAGCUCAAGCUCAUCGACUUCGGGUCGGGGGCGCUGCUCAAGGACACCGUCUACACCGACUUCGACGGGACCCGAGUAUAUAGCCCUCCAGAGUGGAUCCGCUACCAUCGCUACCAUGGCAGGUCGGCGGCGGUCUGGUCCCUGGGGAUCCUGCUGUAUGAUAUGGUGUGUGGAGAUAUUCCUUUUGAACAUGACGAAGAGAUCAUCAAGGGCCAAGUUUUCUUCAGGCAGAGGGUCUCUUCAGAGUGUCAGCAUCUCAUUAGAUGGUGCUUGGCCCUGAGACCAUCAGAUAGGCCAACCUUCGAAGAAAUCCAGAAUCAUCCAUGGAUGCAAGAUGUUCUCCUGCCCCAGGAAACUGCUGAGAUCCACCUCCACAGCCUGUCACCGGGACCCAGCAAAUAGCAGCCUUUCUGGCAGGUCCUACCCUCCCUGUCAGAUGCCUGAGGGAGGGGAAGCUUCUGUCUCCAGCUUCCCGAGUACCAGUGACACUUCUCACCAAGCAGGACAGUGCUUGAUACAGGAACAACAUUUACAACUCAUUCCAGAUCCCAAGCCCCUGGAGGUUGUCUCCCAACAGUGGGUAAAGGAGACUCUCCAGGGGUCCUAGGCCUCAACUCCUCCCAUAGAUACUCUCCUUCUCAUAGGUGUCCAGUAUUGCUGGACUCUGAAAUAUCCCGGGGGUGGGGGGUGGGGGGGUCAGAACCCUGCCAUGAAACUGUUUCCUUCAUUACAAGUUCUGCUGAAUGCCACAAUAGGUCAGGUAGCGGGGAAACAGGUUGGGAUGGGAUAGGACUAGCACCAUUUUAAGUCCCUGUCACCUCUUCCGACUCUUUCUGAGUGCCUUCUGUGGGGACUCCGGCUGUGCUGGGAGAAAUACUUGAACUUGCCUCUUUUACCUGCUGCUUCUCCAAAAAUCUGCCUGGGUUUGGUUCCCUCUUUUUCUCUCCCGUCCUCCCUCACCUCCUUCAUAUGAAAGGUGCCAUGGAAGAGGCAACAGGGCCAAAUGCUGAGCCACCUGCCCUUUCUUCUGCCUCCUUUAGUAAAACUCCGAGUGAACUGGUCUUCCUUUUUGGUUUUUACUUACUGUUUCAAAGCCAAGACCUCACACACACAAACAAUGCACAAACAAUGCAAAUCAACAGAAAAGCUGUAAAUGUGUGUACAGUUGGCAUGGUAGUAUACAAAAAGAUUAUAGUUGCUCUAAGUUUUUACAAAUUCUGCCUUUAAGUUAUUUUAUCUGCUUUUUUUUUUUGUUUUGUUUUGAAAGAUGCUCAUUCUAACCUGGAGGUCAAUGUUAUGUAUUUAUUUAUUUAUUUAUUUGGUUCCCUUCCUGUUCCAAGCUUCCAUAGCUGCUGCCCUAGUUUUUUUUCCUCCUUUCCUCCUCUGACUUGGGGACCUUCUGGGGGAGGGCUGCAACGCUUGCUCUGUUUGUGGGGUGACGGGACUCAGGCGGGACAGUGCUGCAGCUCCCUGACUUCUGUGGGGCCCCUCGCCUACUCAGGUGGGUCUGGGCUCCAUUGGUGGUGGGGAGGGGCAUUGCUGACUGUAUAUAGGAUAAAUAUGAAAAGCAGUUCUGGAUGGUGUGCCUUCCAGAUCUUCUCUGGGGCUGUGUUUUGAGCAGCAUGUAGCCUGCUGGUUUUAUCCGAGUGAAAUACUGUACAGGGGAAUAAAAGAGAUCUUAUUUUUUUUUUAUACUUGGCAUUUUUUGAAUAAAAACCUUUUGUCUUAA